GCUUCAAACGUUGCAAUGAGCGAAUCACGCAGGCCACCAUUACCGGCAAAAAUAACUGUGAGCCGCGAUGAUAUGCGUAGGUUUGUGCCAGCACUUGACAAUUUUGGAAAGCCAAUUUUUGCAACGUUUGUCUCAAAAGGUACAGGAAAUCCAGGCUCUUCUGAUCAACCGUCAACUUCAUCUGCUGGAAACGUACAUCGAAAUUCAACAAUCAAUCAAGGUGCAAAUGAUGGUUCAGAAAGAAACACCCGUGCAGUUACAGCUAGACAAUCGGCAGGUAGAAUCGAAAGUGCACCAGUUGAAGUCGCAAACCCUGCAACACAAUCUGCAAUCGUUCAAGUUUUGACAACAGGCGAGGCUAGUCAACUGCAUGAAAAAAUUCUGGAAUCACCCAAAGACAAAUGGUACUAUUACUUGGACCAAACAAGGGCAAACCAGAUAGUUGAGGUGGAUACACGUUUGCCUAGAACAGAAGGAAAAUGUCCAGAUCAAAAGGAUAAAAAGCUUGACGAACAGGCUCGUAUUGAACGGAACGUUGCUGGUAUCUUGAAGAAUGCGGCUCUCGAGAUUUCAAACAGAAACGACGAUCCCCAGAACUCAACACCAAAAUGCAGUGAUACCAAGAAAAAUACCAAAAUUUCACCAAAGAAAUCUGCUUCGCCGAUUAACCAACCCAACAAGCCCGACGCCGAUGACAUCAAAAUGGGCGACGAUGUUGCCAAACUGCCAUCGCCACCAAACUUGAGCAACAAGAGAAAAGCAGCCCCAUUGAAGUUUGGAAACGAAAAAGUGAAAGCUGCAAAACUAUUUGACAGUGUGCCACCUGUUCAGAAAUGUUCGAAGAAUUCAGUUGAAGCGACUUCACCUGGAAUGGAAUCACAAGAUGUAAAUGAGUCGCGUAGACUUGUUGCCAAAGUGCUCCCAGAUCAUGAAGGGUCUUCUUCCCAAGAUUUGUCGGAUGAUGGUUAUUCAUCUCCUGAAUCUUCUUCAAUGCAACUGGGUCGAAAUUCAAUGACAUCAAACGAAGAAACUUCUCACCCGGUACAACAGGAAAUGAACAAAACAGACAUGGUCAUCGCAGAUGUGAUUUCUCAGAACAGAGUCCACCAGCCAUCUCAAGGACCUCUCCAUCAAGAAGCUGAUGCUCCUGAAGCAAAUCGUAGGCAGCCUCGUCAAUCAGCAGAAAGCCGACGGAGAGUGCCUGCCAACCCAGAAUACAUGACACCAGAAGCUUCAGAAAUGCAGCAGCCCGUUCAGCCAGUCAGGCCGACUUUGUUAGCCUUUGAACAUGAAAGUGCACGAGUUUACAUUCCAGAAAAUUGUGACAUGAACUACGAAUUGUGGGAUUGUCAGGAUGUAGCUAAUUGGGCCGCAAUGUUCAUCAUAAAUAAUCCAUACAAGACCGUAGAUCCACUCAUCAAAGAUGCCAUUGACGGAAGCAUGAUGCGUGAUUUUCUUACUGAUAAGGAUCUCAGGGCCAUUCUCAACAUCCCAUUUGGUCACUACCACAAGGUGAAAUACAAUGCUGCCAAGCUUAUCAAUCACGUGGCAGAAAUUCGGUACAACAACGCGAUGAAUGUAUACGAAAGAGCCAUGGCGGUCUGGAAUGCUAGAAGAUAAAAGGAUCUCAAGUUCAGCAUAGUUUAUCUUACAAUAUUUCUUUUCUAGAGAACACCUCCACCCAUUUCCCCCCUGUCCUUUCAUUAUCCUUGUUUGUCUAGCUUUAAUAACGGCUUUUGUAAACUGCAUACCGUUUCUAAUUAAUUGUUUUGUUUUAUUUAUUGCCCAUAUCCAACUCUGUAAAAUGACAAGAAUUGCCAAAGAGGUUUUUCCACUUUUCCCCGUUAAUGAUUUUUUUAAUUCUGUUUUGUUUUAUAACCUACAUCUGAAACUAAAAUAUUUCAAAUUUUCACCCUUAUCAACUUCAAUUUGUUAAUAUUUAUUGAAAUCCCCAAAUACCUCAUCCUUUGUGAAUUUUUUAUUCCGAACGUGAAAAUGAAGAGAAUAUUUUA